AUGAGAUUUGUAUUGGAGUUAGAAGGACAGAUUCAAACGAGUUCUAGAGAGGAUGAUCAUUCGAUCAUUGAACUGAUUCAAACAGGUUCAAGAGGGAAUGAUCGUUCAAUCGUGAGGCAGAUUCAAUUAGAAGAAGUAAAAUUACAACUUGCAGAUCAACAAAAUAAAAUAGAAAAAUUGAUAAUCAUUGUUCAACAAAAAGGAUUUGAUGGUUCUGAUAACAAUAACAAUAGGCAACUAAUUGAUAUGAUAAAUGCAGAGUUAGUUAGUUUGAAUGAUCAUAACGGUCUUAUUAGUGACAAAUUAGAUACUUUUGAAACGUUACUGAGAAAUCAUAAUUCCAAUGGUCAGAACAAAAAUAAUUUUUCUUCUUCAUUACGAUAUCCAAAAGCUAUUAAACGAAUUAGGAAAAGAAUUUAUAAUGAACAAAGUGAUGAGGAAUCCAUUCAAGGCAAAGAGUUAAUUAACAAUACAAGACAUUCUUAUCAUAAAAUGCAUCCAACUUUAGUUCGUUAUCUUUAUCGUAAGAUUAAAUUACAUCGCAAAAAAAAACUUGCAUAUGAUAAUAAAACUUUACCAGCAAAUCAAAUAGUCAGCGAAGAAUAUCUUCCAGAUAUCUCCAAUAUGCCUACUGCUGGAAAUAAUCCAAUUGAUUAUCUUGCCUUGAAAAAGAAUCCUGAUACUUUUAAUAAUCGAAAUAUUAAACAACGCCGUGAUAAUCAUCUUAGUCUUGAGGAAAUUAAACUAAUUCUUCAUAAACGUUGUAUAUUACCGGAACUAACGGACGAAGAACAUCAAGAACUUCAUUCACAAGAUAAAAAGCAAUUACUUGUUGCACCUAUAUAUUGGCGCUCAGAUGAGCACGUUUACCCCGAAUCUGACCAUUCACAAUAUGAUGAACUAAUUGGUCUUUCACCUGAUAAGUUAUCUUUUCUUCCCGAUUAG